UCCUCGUCACCUUCUCUCCGCGCACUCGGAGCGUUCGAUUUUCGCGAAAAAAGCUCGAGAACAAUCAGAGAUUUGACGCUUUUUUGAGUUCGACGUCAAUUGGAUUCUGCCGCAACCUGUUUUAUGAGCGGCCUCUGACAUUAACUUGUCAGCAUUAUGUCUAUAGACGUGGAUUCGUCGUAUGUCACCGAAGACUCGAAUGUGGAAACGGUAGAGGAAGUCUGCUGUCCUGAGGAAGAGUUCGAUUCUCGGUUGUUGAGCGGCAAUCUGACCAACCUGCGGUUCCCCCUCAAGCUCUGGCGGAUCGUCACCGAUUGCCGGAGCGGGGCCAUACAAUGGAUUCAUCAUGGGAAGGCGAUCGCGAUCAACUACCAGAUAUUCGAGCGGGAAUACUUGGAUGCGUCGAAACGGCUGUUCAAAACAAACAACAUAACAUCGUUCGUGCGUCAACUGAAUCUCUACGGGUUCCGAAAGGUCCCGAAAAAUUCGAAAAAUGGUGUCCAGAUGGAAGUUUCUUUCCUCCCGGCCUCGAACCACUCGGUUUUCCAUCACGAAUCGUUUCGAUCGGACCGACCCGAUCUCCUUCUUCACGUAAAUCGGCGUGGCAUUAAACCCGACGGAAAGAAAAACCGUACGAGUUCGCGACCUCGCAGGGAACCUCGUAGAAGGGUAAGCGCGGUGAAUCGGGCCACCACCACGACGAGCUCCGACUCCGAAACAUCAGAGUCCGAAUCAUCGAAUUCCACGGAACAGGUGAUUGAAGAUGGCAUCGUCGAUCUCGAUCAAGCGGACCUCAUCAUUCCGUGUGCUGUCCAGCAAGAGACCAUCGAGGGCGACCUAUCGUCAGGGACCGGAAACGCGAACGAUUUCGUAGUACAGAAAUCGAAACGAAAAUCGCAACAUCAAUUGAAACAUGUUGAAUCGAAAAGAAUGCGGGUCCGGUCUGAAUCGGCGGCAGCGAUCAAUAACCACGGCCAUGGUCCAAUCAAUCGCUCAGGAAGUUUUUCUUCCGGCUCGUCUCUCCACCAACAGGUGGCGGAGGAAUUCAUUCGGAAGGUCAGAAGCAUUUCGGAAAGUAAAGAUGAUUUCUCCAAUGGGUCCGCUGCGAAUUCCGCCAUCGAUGACGAGGAGGACGAUGAUGACGAACGAGACGGAACCAUCCGACUGUCGAACCGCCAGUUCGUUUUCGACCUCAAACAAUUGAACAACGGAUUCAGCGGUCAGUCUGUGGGAGCAGCCCGGGAACGAGUCAAAGUCGAAAGAUUGUCGAGGAACUUCGAACCCGCCGUGGAUGUCAAGAACGAAGUCAAAGAAGAAGAAGAGAUUAUAGAGGAAGACAUCGGCGAGAGCGGUGAAUAUCUCGAAGCCGAACAGGUUGUUGAAGAAGUUGUCGAAGAACUGAGCCUCCCCGCGGCCGAAUAUGACGAAGACGACGACGACGAUGACGAAGAGGGAGACGAUGACAUUCGAUCUGCUCUGAGUGGUUCAACUUCGAGAGAACACAACACAGCUCGAGCACUUCUUAGCCUCACGUGCGCCAAACUCCAGAGAGACGUCGCGGGCAUGAAGACCGUGAUGGAGCCUGCGAGUCUGACCACGGCCGGCAUGUUGUAA